CUUUAGUGUGUGUCUGGUUUUAGAGCUUGUUAAAAGACAUCAAGGAAGCCAGAGUGCCUUUUGUCUGUUGAUACAAUCUGGGUACUGGAAGAAGUGUAGGAGUCUUGAAGAGUUUUUUUUUCUUUUCUCGCAACCUUUUUGUGUUUGCUGCUGUUGCUGCUCUCAAGGAGACUUGAGCAGGGUUAUCUGUUUCCAUCUAUUCUACUGUGCUUCAACAAGGCAGACCGCUCACCAUGAAGGGCAUAGGGCAGAGUAGAAGAUGUCUGCAGACGGGUUUGGAUCUGGAGGCAGCGAUGCCCAGCAAACAUUGCAGUCCUUCUGGCCUCGUGUUAUGGAGGAGAUCAGGAACUUGACCUUGAAGGAUUUCCGUGUGCAGGAGCUGCCUCUAGCUCGGAUCAAAAAAAUCAUGAAGCUGGAUGAGGAUGUAAAGAUGAUCAGUGCAGAGGCUCCAGUCCUCUUUGCCAAAGCCGCUCAGAUCUUCAUCACCGAGCUAACGCUGAGAGCAUGGAUCCACACCGAGGAUAACAAGAGACGGACACUACAGAGGAAUGACAUCGCCAUGGCGAUAACAAAGUUUGACCAGUUUGACUUCCUGAUUGACAUUGUGCCUCGGGAUGACCUGAAGCCCCCUAAACGACAGGAGGAGAUGCGUCAGUCAGUAGCCCCAGCAGAGCCAGUGCAGUAUUACUUCACCUUGGCCCAACAGCCUGGAGCCGUGCAGGUUCAAGGAACGCAGCAGGGACAGCAACCCGGUGCACAGGCGGCUACGACCAUUCAGCCGGGACAGAUCAUCAUCACGCAGCCACAGCAGGGACAGAUGUUGCAGGGCGCCACAAUGCAGCAGUUACAGCAGGUGCAGGUGCAAUCACAAGGCACACCCAUCACGAGUGCACCUGUUGCCAUGCAGGUGGGCGAGGGCCAGCAGGUGCAGAUCGUCCAGGCCGCAGCUCAGGGUCAAGCUCAGACCGGCCAGGCCCAAGGCCAGACCAUGCAGGUCAUGCAGCAGAUCAUCACCAACACGGGAGAGAUUCAGCAGAUACCGGUGCAACUAAACACGGGCCAACUACAGUACAUCCGUCUCGCCCAGCCCGUCUCCGGAGCACAAGUGGUGCAGGGACAGAUCCAGACACUUGCAAACACGCAGCAGAUUACACAGACCGAGGUGCAGCAAGGACAACAGUUCAGCCAAUUUACUGAUGGACAGCAACUCUAUCAGAUACAGCAGGUGACGAUGCCAGCAGGACAGGAGCUGACUCAACCCAUGUUUAUUCAGUCCACCAACCAGACAGCUGACGCGCAGGUCACGCAGGUCACCACCGAGUGAGCACAAACGGGACGCUUCCUCCUCACACAUGCAACACCAGCCCACGUGACGCCAACUGAUGCCAUCAAAUUCGACAAGGGAUGCUUGAUAUCUUUAAUUAUUUUUUAUUUUCCCGAAACACGGCUCAUUGAAAUGAGGGACCUGGAACACCCAUGUUUUGUAAUACAUUUUAGUACGCUGGAUCAAAAACCAAAGGGACACUUUUACAAUCAAAUGUCAGAUAUUACAUCCACACUUUGACUUAGUGCACCUUUUGUACUUUUGUCGUCACAUUGCUUAAAUAUAUGAAUAAACGCACCCAUGUCCUCAGUCCCUGACAGCAAUCUUCACACCGAGCUCUGCAUUCUUCCUCUUUUCACAACUUCAGUGAUAUUGAAAUGGUAGAGUAUUCCUGUACCGGCACCUUACCUUGUGCUCUUCAAGUGGAAACUCACAGCUUUGUCUGCAACAAAGUUCUGGUCGAAGCCUUCAGAUUCCUCACCUCAUUCUUUUACUCUGUGAUCGUAUGAUUUGUACCCGUCAUUGUUUAUCAAGUAGUUGACGAAUGAAAUUAAGCCAUAUACCUCAGAUGUAUCUUUUCCAGCAAGUCAGACCACGGGAUCUCUACAAGAGUCCCGAUGUUUGAACCUAGCGUCCUGUAUUUCCUCCGUUGUGUUGUUUUCCACAUUGACGAUGAAGCAUGAUUUUCUGUUGAAAGGGCUUUAUAACUGUAAAGGCUAACUGUAUGCAAGAAUGUGUGCGUGGUCGUGUUUUGAGCUCCUUCUCUGCCUCUCUGUAUUUUUACACAGCCCUCUCCGCUUGAGUGGUUUACAGUCUUGAAUCGUGUGCCCCGGUGUACGUCUCGUGUUAAAACACAUGACUCCGUCUAAAGUAGAAAAAAAAAAUACCCUUACGUAGAGCUUUUUUUUUUUUUUUCCUUCAAUGAUAUUUGGCCAAUUGUCCCAUUAUAUAUAUAUUUUUUGUACAGUAAUGUUUAUCGAUAUUAUUGUUGUUUUUGCAUGUAGUUACACUUAGCGGCAUUACAUGCAAUAGAUAGGUGGUUUUAUUUUUGACCUUCUUUUUUGUAAACAAUUUUCUGUUUGUGGAAAAAAUGAAUAAAAAUCUGAUCUUGUCUAAGAA